AUGGGAGAAGCUGUGGUGAGCAGUGAAGCUGGGAUCGAAAAGCAGGUCAAAAAUUGCUUGAUCACAGCAGGCGGCGGCGGGACGGCGCCGGAGGUGGGGACGGCGGCGGAGGAAGAGGCCGAGAGUUCGCCGGUGGUGAGGUGGGACAAGUUCCUUCCGAAAAUGGUGUUGAGGGUAUUGUUAGUUGAAGCUGAUGAUUCUACUCGGCAGAUUAUUGCAGCCCUUCUCAGGAAAUGCAGUUACAGAGUUGCUACGGUUCCUGAUGGAUUAAAAGCUUGGGAAGUACUUAAAGGAAGUUCAUGCAAUAUAGACCUCAUUCUAACCGAAGUCGAGUUGCCUUCGAUCUCCGGAUAUGCACUUCUCACUCUAAUAAUGGAGCAUGAGGCCUGCAAAAAUAUCCCUGUAAUAAUGAUGUCAUCGCAAGACUCCGUUGGUACUGUUUAUAAGUGCAUGCUGAGAGGAGCAUCUGACUUUCUUGUCAAGCCUGUCCGAAAAAACGAGCUACGGAACUUAUGGCAGCAUGUGUGGAGAAAACAAGCUUCGAGCACCAGUGCUGGGCUCGGACUUCCAGACGAGAGUGUGCAGCAAAAAGAUGAAACUACUGCUGAGAACACUGCCAUUAGUAACCACUCGAGUGGUUGUAUUUCAUGCAUUGAGAGAAAUAAGCAGUGCACUGAAGAGGGAACUGAUGAUCAGAGCUCAUGCACAAAACCGGAGUCUGAGACUGAAGGAGAAGAUGUUGAAAACGGUCAUUGCAGCUCAAAGAAACAAAAGGAUAAAUGUGUUUCGGAAAAAAAUAGCCUUUCUUGCGGAGAAGAAGAACAAUUUCAUCAAGUAAAUAGUGAAAAACGAUCACAUGAAAACGAGAGCAGAGAAAUGCAUGCUGUCCUGGAUAAACCGUGUAGUGAAGCCAUCGAUUUAAUCGGAGCUUUUGAUAAUCACCUGAAGGGCAAUUUCGGAAGUUUGAAUCCGAAUGUAAGUGCAAACAAGUUUGACAUUUUGCCUCUACUUGACCUGUCCUUGAGAAGACCUCUUCACAAUGGCUCUGCGAAUCGAGCGAACAAUGAUUUGUCUAAAUUAAACCACUCGGAUGCAUCGGCUUUUUCGAGGUACAUUAACAAGCCAUCACUUCCCGAAAAUCACGUUGGUAAUCCCACAAUCCAAACAGGAUGCCCUGAAAUCACAUUCUCUUACACUCAGAACAAAGAAAUAUUCCAUCCAAUCCCAGUCAAAGGCAUAAGAUUCGAUAAUCCAAACAGCGCCUAUAAUUCCAUGAUGCCUUCACUAUACUGCGCCCAAUCAGGCUCUUCCUCACUGUCGAGUCCACAUACACCUCACCACACCGAGUCUUUCCCCCAAUCGGGCUUAUUUUACCUGUCUGAUUAUCAGCCGGCGAGUUUGCAGCAGGGUCUAGAUCAAAAAAUCGGCAACUCAGUUAAUCAGACAGAAAGUAAACCGGAAAAUAAUGUGGAAGAUCAUAGUGGGAAUAGCAACUAUUGCAGCAGCUAUAGAAAUCAAGACAAAGUCCACGUCAGCAAGGGCCCUUCGGAAAAUCCGGGUCGUGAAGAAAGCUUUUGCGUUCAUGAUGAGGCCUCCAAACGAUCCAUGCAGAGAGAAGCCGCUUUAAAUAAGUUCCGUAUGAAGAGGAAAGAUCGAUGCUUCGAGAAGAAGGUGAGAUAUGAAAGCAGAAAGAAGCUGGCCGAGCAACGUCCACGUGUAAAAGGACAGUUCGUUCGCCAAGUAUCGAAUGGUUCUCAAUUUGGAAACUCCUCAACUGGUUAUGUGCUCUAA